AUGCCGAGCCACGAAAUAAAUCAACACCGGUCCAGAGCCCGCCCGCCCACGUCAUCAACCCGUCCACAGCAACCGGUCCAACCCCGAAUCCCCUUACGGAAGCUACUCCGAGUCGCAUCAGUAGCAAGCGGAAUUCAAUUCGGUUGGGCUUUACAGCUCUCACUAUUAACCCCCUACGUUCAACAACUCGGCAUUCCUCAUAAAUGGGCGAGCAUCAUCUGGCUCUGCGGACCGGUUUCCGGUUUAUUCGUCCAGCCUUUGGUUGGACAUCUAAGCGACCGGUGUGCGAGCCGCUUCGGUCGCCGUAGACCGUUUAUUCUAGUUGGUGCGACUUCGAUCGUCGUUGCGGUUGUUAUAAUCGGUUACGCUGCGGAUAUCGGUUGGUUGAUUGGGGAUGAUGUUAGCCAGAGUUAUCGUCCUUUUGCGAUUGGAGUUUUCAUUUUCGGGUUUUGGAUUCUUGAUGUUGCUAAUAAUGUUACGCAAGGUCCUUGUAGAGCUUUGCUCGCGGAUCUUACCAGAAAUGAUGCUCGAAGGACACGUGUUGCAAAUGCUUAUUUCUCCCUGUUUAUGGCCGUUGGUAACAUUCUUGGCUAUGCAACUGGGUCAUACAGUGGCUGGUACAAGAUUUUUACUUUCACAGUUACCCCUGCUUGCUCUAUCAGUUGUGCAAAUCUCAAGUCUGCUUUCUUUCUCGACAUUGCUUUCAUUGCGGUAACGACAUAUCUCAGCAUAAUGUCAGCUAAUGAAGUGCCUCUAAGUUCAAGUGGGGAAGCACAUGCUGGAGAAGGGGCUGGAGAGUCAGGUGGUGCGGAAGAAGCUUUCAUGUGGGAAUUGUUUGGGACAUUCAAAUAUUUUUCAAUGCCUAUCUGGAUAGUUCUGUCUGUAACUGCUCUAACAUGGGUUGGGUGGUUCCCAUUUACUCUAUUUGAUACUGAUUGGAUGGGUCGGGAAAUUUACGGUGGUGAUCCAAAUGGAGGCCUUGUUUAUGAUUCUGGAGUUAGAAUGGGAGCACUUGGUUUGUUGCUUAAUUCAGUUGUUCUUGGAGUAACAUCAUUGCUCAUGGAAAGACUAUGCAGGAAGCGAGGGGCUGGUUUUGUGUGGGGACUCUCAAAUAUCUUUAUGACUAUUUGCUUUAUUUCAAUGUUAGUAUUAACCUAUGCGGCAAAAAGCAUUGGCUACGUAGAAAAAGGUCUACCACCACCAACAGGCAUUGUGAUCGCAGCGUUAGCAAUCUUUACCAUUCUUGGGUUUCCCCUGGCAAUCACUUACAGUGUUCCAUAUGCCUUAAUUUCCACACAUAUCGAACCACUGGGACUUGGCCAAGGGUUAUCAAUGGGUGUCCUGAAUCUGGCAAUAGUGGUCCCACAGAUCAUAGUGUCCUUGGGAAGUGGACCAUGGGAUCAGUUAUUCGGUGGAGGAAACUCUCCAGCCUUUGCUGUGGCAGCGGUUGCAGCCCUUUUCAGUGGACUCUUAGCUUUGUUAGCUAUUCCCCGAACUGGUACACAAAAGCCUAGAAUUCGUGUAUGA